AUGUCUGAACAAUCAUCGCAAGGAGGGAAUCUUGAAGAUACCUCUAAAUUGCCCCAAUCUACACCAUCUUUAGUUGGAAAAUUGCUGAUUGAACGUCUAGAUUCAUCUUCUAUUUCUUCUAAUUCGACAGUUUUUUUGAGUCAUUGCGAGGAUAUUGAGUAUAUUGUGGAUUCUACUUGUACAAAAAUUAUGAUCGGUAAGUAUGAUUUAAAUAGUUACAACUAUAUUGCAUAUACCAAACCGACACAACUAAAUAAGUAUAUAUUAAAAAAAAAGCUUAAUACGCAAGUUCAAACAAUUCAAGUGGAUCAAUGUCAGAAUGUUAAUCUUCAGUAUGAAAAUCUAAGCAACUUUCAUUCAGUUGUUUGGACUGAUAGUGAUCAAAUUUGUUUGAAAGUAUUUGAAGGUGGCGAAGAAGAAUCUGUUGCUCAAGAUGCUCCAAGCGAUAAAGAAUCAAUAAAACUUAAUCCAUAUCAAUAUAUUGUUAGGUUAAUUGAUGAUAAAUUGGUUACUGAAAAGCUCAUUCGCGCUGAAAAAGGAUUUCCAAUUACUCAAAGAGAAUUAGAUGAAUGGAAAGUUAAAAAUAAUAUUACUUCAUAA